ACGAACACAAACAAACAUGGCAUCGAGAGAGCAAGAGCAGACGUGGUGGGAAGACUGGUUGCAAACAGCUAAAGAAAAGACUACAGAAGCUUAUGAGCUAGUUAAGAAUGACCUUGAAGAGUUUUCCAAAGUCAUGAAGGCUGACACAUCAUCAGCUGUGGUUAAAACAGCUGACACGAUUACAGAGAACAUCAAGCCGGAGAAUCUGGCAGAGAAUUCUUCUGCAGUUUCCGAGCAGCUCAAACACGGACUCCACAAUAUGCUGAGGGGCCUGACAUCUGUGGCAGCUGCGGCGGCCACCAGCGGCACUGUCCAGGACGACGUGGUGGAAAUCGCUGCACCUCCUAGUGGGAGAGGUGUCGACGCAGUCUUCAACCCCAUGCAGGCCCGACUGUACAAGAUUCAAGUGAAUCCUGACACGUACUGCAGAGAGCCGGAGGGUAUUCCAGACGAAUUUGAAUGCUGGCUGAUGACAUUUGACCUUGACCUAUUUAAGGACGAGGUCUCGGACCUGCUGGUCAGUAACCAGAAGCUACGGUCGCUGUACACACGGCUGGUUCCAGCAGUCGUCUCUCACGCGGAGUUUUGGCAACGUUACUUCUACAAUGUACAUCAGUUGGAGGUGGAUGAAAUAAGGAAGACUGGCCUGAAGGAAAGAGCGGGAACAGCAGGCAUGCAGGAGGAUAUAGGGUGGGAAGACGAUGAUGAAGAAUGGAGCAUUGUAACAAAUCAGUCGGCUAUUCCAUCUAAUGACGAACCCGCAAAAUUGGUGAUUGAUCAAUUCCCUCAACCAUCAGAAAUGGAAUCAAUGAUGCCAACUGCCAAGAGUGACUGCAGUCCAGUAUAUUUGUUGUCCAGUGAUCUCGAGAGACUGGGAACUGUCGAUGAUGGAUCGGGUGAAGCAAACACAAACACUGCGAGUGUGAGCACAGACAAACCACCUGUCACCAGAAAAGACGCAGAAGUAAACGAGAAUGCUUGUGAACGCACAUUGACAAGUGAGGCUCAAGUCAACCUCGAAGCGCAUACACUAGACACGACCACAUCUCACACAACAGUUGAAGUGCCUACAGAGGAGCCAAAUGAUGCAGAAUCCUGUGCACGCGAUAUUGAAGAAACAAAGGCCCAUGAGAGCCUUGUGAGUCCUGCUGACGUGGACGAAGAUGCGCGAGAACUUAAGACAAAGGAUAAGGGUGACAUGGUGGUCGUUGGUAGUGGUGUCUCCUCUGACACGUCGGAGAGCAACCCAACUAAAGAGGCUGCGAGUCUGGAUGAUUGGGAUGAGGACCUUGACAUGACGGAUGCUGAGCUCAGCCUGGCCCAGGAGGCUGCACAACAGCUGCUGGCCUCUGGUGGUGUUAACGAGGAGGACGAGUGGGAGAACUGGGAUUGAAAGAUAAAGUGAUAGAGAGUAAAAGGUAAAGGAGUAACAUAGAUGAGCCGACCAUGUUCUAGGGAAGCGACGCUCAUCGUGAGUGUUAUAACUAUGUGAUCAUGCCGAGUAAUGUGAUUGCGCCGAGUGUUCAGUUCAACGACAUACAUGUAUAUAGUGUAAGUAAGAGUAGCACGUGGUCGUUUCAUCAGGGGUGUAAGCAGGUCAGGUUUCGAACAGACUAACAAUAACGGCAGUUGAUGAAGUUGGUUUGAAACGGAAUACUGGUAUUGCCAGGAGUAAAAUAAUACAAAGAAAAUUAUGUGUUAUAAUUAUACUAUAAUAUACUAGAAAUAUCUGUGUAAAAGAUGGUGAUGCUUCUAAGUGAGAUGGUUCAAUCUGCAUGUUCAUAUGUGAGCAGGUUACAACAAAAUAUUUAGGUAUUGGUUUCACGCCCGUUAUUAACCUAGGAUUCAUUAUAUUGGUUAGGGGAUUGCUAAUUAAUACAUUUAUACAAUGGCUUUGAUGAAAAGUAAUCCAAUUGGAUUUCAAUCUCAUUGUAGCCCAAAACACAUAGAAACAACCAGUUAUAAAUGUAUAAAGUAUUUAUUCACAGGUUAUGUAUCAAUCUCUAGCUGAACUAAUGAACAGAUAGAUGGUAUUAGACAGCCAUUAUGUGGAGAAGACAAUUUAGUCACCACCUGACAGUUCUCUCUAUCUAUUAACACAUUAUUACACGUUAUACGCCUGUUUGUUUGGAACGGAUCUGUAUGAACUGGAUCAAUCGAUCCUGACUUGCCCAAAUAUAAGCAAACGUACAUCCAACUAUCAAUGGGAGCUAUCACAGGAUGGUUCCUAACUAGCAGCAAACAGCAAUUUACCGAGUAGCAGGCCGCCGUAUUGGAUUUCCUUCAAUUCCACCUCACCAGCAUGAUCAACAAUUCGUGAUCCAGAUCUGUGAUCAACAAUUCAUGAUCCAGAUCCAUAAUCAACAAAUACACAGGAUCAUUGCAUCCAUGUGACCUGGAUCGCAUGAUGCACCCAAACAAAUAUGCCUGCUGUAUACAUAUUAAUAAUAACUAUAAUGUUAGUUUUAUUCUAAAAACGUAUAUUUUAUGAAAAUUC